AUGACCAAUAUUUUAUCGAAUGUCAAAUCAGUUCUGAAAGCUCGGAGGGGAUCCAACGAUGACGAUCAGAACACUCUAAGUCCCGAAUAUAGUCAAAGUCAAAUGCAAAGCUUCUCAUCCGAUCAAGUCAAGUACGACCAAAUCCCCGAUUCGUAUUCGCCUUCUUCCAUCGAUCUCAAGCCCUCGGCUGAAGGAUCCGAAUCCAAUGGCAAAUCAAAGAAAGAGCUCAAAGCAGAACGUAAAGCCGCUGAGCAAGAGGAGCUCUCGAGAUUAGCGGCUGAAGCAAGAGAGAAAGGAGAGAACAUGAGAUUGGAUCCAUAUUAUGUGAUGAAGGAUUUCGGUGAUAGAGGUUUAGCAUUAGGAGGAAGGGAUUUCUUCCCUACCUUUGGGAAGCGUUAG